UUUAAUCUUUGUCUGAACUUUGACCUAAAAUUAAUGUAAACUCAAAUACAACAUAAAAUAUCAAGUGUAAAUUGUAAAAAAAAAAAUAAAAAAAAAUCCUUAAUUUUCAUUUAUCAACAAAUUAUUUAGAAUGAAAAUCUUAAAAUAACUCUUUCAACCCACCCACAACCCCCACCCAAGCAAAACCUCAAACUAGAACCUCAGAAUCAGUCAGAAGUGAAAGUCAGUCAUCAGAAGUUCAGACACAUAGCUUCAAUGCUCUUCACUUUGAGAAGAACCAAACUUCACUUCCCUCCCAAGAUUACCCUUUUCCCACUUCCAAAACUCCACCUUUCAACCCUUCCCCAUAACCCCACAAGACCCCUUUCUCAAUUAGACAUCAACAACCUCAUCCUCUCCCAUUAUCACCAUGGCAAGUUCCACAACCUCCUCCAAAAAGUCAUCUCUUUACCCACUUUCCUCCUCACAUCUUGCCACAAUCUCAAACCCCAUAAUCAUGACAAAAACAAGAAUACCCUCAAUCUUGAUUUUGUAUCAACCCAUUUUCUCUCACUUCAACAACUCUCCUUUCAGCUCUCAACAAACCAAUUUGAUGUCAAAGGUUGCAUCUUUAUUGAAGGUAAAUCACUUGUUCUGCCUAAUUUGAAGCUUAAAGUUGUUAUUGAAGCUGUUAGAAUGGUUCUUGAAUGUAUAUAUGAUGAUAGGUUUAUGACAUUUUGUUAUGGUGGGAGGACUGAUAUGGGUAGACACACCGCAAUUCGUUAUCUUAAGAACUCUGUUGAGAAUCCCACUUGGUGGUUUACUGUUUGUUUGAAUCCUGCAAAGUUUGAGAAUAAGCAUGUUGAUAAGUUGUGUAAGGUUAUGGAGGAGAAAAUUAGUGAUGAGGCAUUGAUUGGUUUGAUAAGAAGGUUGUUUGAGUGUGGAAUAGUGAGUAUUGAAUUGGGUGGGGUUUGUUUAGGUAGGGGGUUUCCUCAAGAAUGUGGUUUGAGUUCGAUUUUGAUUAACGUUUACUUUAAUAGUUUCGAUAAGGAAAUUCAAGAACUAAGGCUUAAAACGAGUAGGGAGAAUCCGAGAGUUGAUGCUAAUGAAUUCGGUGAGGGGUAUUCGGGGAAUGCUUUUUUUAAGCCGUUGAAGAUAUAUGCGGUUAGAUAUUUGGAUGAGAUAUUGGUUAUCACGUCGGGGACGAAGAUUAUGACUAUGGAUUUGAAGAGUAGGCUUGUGCAGAAUGUUGAGAAGAAUAUGGAAUUCGGUGUUGAUAAGGUUAAGACUGUUAUUCAUAGUGCUACUUCUGAGAAGAUAGAGUUUUUGGGGAUGGAGCUUCAGGCAGUUAAGCCGUCUGUCUUGCAUCCUCCUAUGUCACCAAAGGCGAUUAGAGCGAGGAAAAAGUACCGAAGACAGAAAGAAGUUAAAGCUUUAGAGUUGAGAAAUGCUAAAGAGACUAAUAGGAAGAAAUUGGGAAUGAAGAUAUUCACUCAUGUAUUUAAGAAGAUGAAGCGCGCCAAUAGCGUCAAAACUGAUUUCCAGAUUGAAAGUGAAGUCAACCAAAUCUUUGAUUCUUGGGGUGAAGAAGUAAUGCAAGACUAUUUGGAAUCUGUCGAUGAUCGUUGGGACUGGCACCGGAUGCUCUCAGCUGGUGACUUCCUCUCUUUGAAAAGUGUAAGAGAUCAACUGCCUCGUGAACUUGUGGACGCUUAUGAUAACUUUCAAGAGCAAGUUGACAGGUACUUAAAUCCCGUGAAAGCAAAAAGGAUGUUAGAGGAACAAGUAAAGAGAGCUGAGGAAGAAGAGGAAAGGAAGUACUCUGACCAGACGGUGGCAGAUCUGACGAAAUUAUGCAUAAAAGUCGAGGCACCGUUAGAAAUUGUUAAGAAGGCAGUCAAACUGUUUGGAUUUACAAAUCAUAUGGGUCGUCCUAGGCCGAUUAGUUUUCUUAUGGUUCUAGAAGAUACUGACAUUAUCAAGUGGUAUGCUGGUAUUGGGAAAAGGUGGCUUGAUUUCUUUUGCUGCUGUCAUAACUUCAAAAAAUUGAAGAUUAUAGUAUCUUAUCAUUUAAGAUUCUCGUGCAUCUUGACUUUAGCGGAGAAGCAUGAAUCGUCAAAGAAGGAAGCAAUCAGACAUUACACCAAGGAUCUGAAAGUUUCUGAUGUCAAUGGGGUCGAAGAAGUGCAUUUUCCCACCGAAAGGGAAGUCAAAAUGAUGGGAGAUAAUGAUCUCAUUGAUCCAAAGCCCGUGGAUGGUUCUUUGGGGAUGGCAUUGAUUAGAUUAGCUACAGAUGAGCCCUCUUACCGCUGCGCUGCUCAUUUUUGUGAUAGAAGAGAUACUACCGUCUACCGGAUUAGGUUACUCCAGAAUCUUCUUAAUUUGGAUCCGCUCGAUCGAAGUAAGUGGGUUCCGGGAAUGGGUGCUAUACAUGAGAAUUUGAACAAGAGAUGCAUCCCUUUAUGCUCCGACCAUAUUAGUGAAUUAUACUUAGGUAGACUAACUUUGCAAGACACUGAUUAUGCUUCUCUUUUGCAUGUUGAUUAGUUGAUGUCCGACAUUAUCAUUGCGGUGACAUCAAGAAUGCUGUAAACUACAGUAUUUAUAGAAUGAAAAUACACCACUAAGUCGAAGCUGUGUGGUCGAUUACAUGUUUUACUGCA